AUGGCUGCCUCUCUCCGUCAUAUGGCUCACUUCCAAAAGGCUCUCCUCGUAGCUAAAACAGCCCCACGACUUUCUACAAUCGUUCGUGCCACUUCAACCUUGAAUGAUGGAGCCAGCAAAGUUCCGGACCACUCGAUGCAUUUCAAGCUCGAACGUCUCUGGGCCGUCGGAAUGCUCCCAAUUCUCCCAGCAUCCUACUUCAUCCACGGACCAGUCAUGGAUGCAGUUCUGACUGUCGCUCUCACUCUCCAUAUUCAUUGGGGAAUCCACGGAGUCGUCUACGACUACGCUCGUCCAUAUGUGAUCGGAGAGGCUGCUGCCAAGGCUGCACACAUCGGAGUCUACCUCAUCACUGGACUCUUGCUCGCUGGUCUUCUUCACUUCAAUACCAACGACGUCGGAAUCACCAAGGCUUUCGAACUCGUCUUCUCUCUUUAA